AUGUCCGCUGCCCUUUUAAGUGUAGAUAUGUUCUUCGCCGGAGAUAUUUGUUCGUUGCCGGAGAUAUCUGUUUGUGUCGGCGUUAGAUGGUGUUCGUGGGGAGACGAAGCUCUGGAGAAGAAGGUGGUGUUGGCAAUUGUUUUCAGAUUCUUAAAAUGGAGAACUACCUUGCUUCCACCUCCGGCUCCACCACCACCAUCAACCACCCAUCACCGCCGACAACCCCCGUUACGAUCUCCAAUCCAAACAACCCGUACCCAACAACCUUCGUCCAAGCCGACACAACAUCCUUCAAAAAAGGUAGUUCAAAUGCUAACCGGAUCAUCUGAAACAGUCAAACAAUCCACAGCCACCACCAGGCCAGACUUAGCUGCGAGAAACCCGAUCCCUGCCAUGAAAACGGGUCCGAACAAAAAACCAUCGAAGCUGUAUGAGCGGCGGAGCAGUCUGAAAAACUUCAAAAUCAGUCCGUUGGCUCCUGGAUUCACAAACGGCGGAGGGUCCUCCGGAUCCCCACGGAAUCCCAACGCGCCGGAGAUUAUGUCCCCAAGUCUUCUUGAUUUUCCGUCGUUGGUGCUUAGUCCAGUCACACCUCUUCUUUCCGAUCCGUUUAAUAGGUCUCCGGCGAAUGAAUGUUCCCCAAAUUUGGACGUUGAGGCUGAAGAAAAGGCGAUUGCAGAGAAAGGAUUUUACUUACAUCCGUCGCCGGCGACUACUCCGAGGAGGGAAUCGGAACCUCAGCUUUUGCCUUUGUUCCCCGUGACUUCACCAAGAUUUUCCGGCUCUUCAAGCUCUUCGUGA